CAAAAAAAUACAAUCGAACAGCUCGAACAUAAUUUUGCCCUUUAUAUCCUACACACAGUGUUAAACCAAAGAAAAUAAAAGAUCUAUUUAUAUACCAAUCCAUUGGGUGUUAAUUAUUUAAAAUCACGAAAUAUUUUUUAAUAAUACUGAAAAAUGGUGUUGAGUCGAAAUGAUAAACGGAAAAGAAAAGAAGGGGAUUUGGUGGAUCUUAUGGAGCCACUCUCAGAAUCUCCAAAGAGGACCAAAGUACACGCGCAAAGAAAAUUUGCACAAGGUGCAACAACAGUUUUCAAUGCUUCGCAUACACCAAUUAAAGAUAAAGAAAAAACUAAACCAGCAGUUAUAACAGAGUUAAUAACACACAAACGACCUAAUACAGAGGACUUUUUGACAUUUUUAUGCUUCAGAGGAACAUCAAUUUUACCACCGAACUUAAAUUUUUUCAACGUGGGAAACAAAAAAGAAAAAUCAGAUUCAAAGUCGGUACGUGUACCGAUAGAUAAGACAACAUCUUUGACCAGUACAUCGAUCGAAAAUCAGAAACCGGAUUCGAGUCAGAAAACUAUUACCAAAAUGAAACCUAUUGUUACGAAUAAAAAGAAGGUUCAGAAUACAAUACAAAAGAAUAUUACUAAAUUCAAAACAACAACGUCCACUGUACAAGCGCUUAAGAAGAAGUAUCAAGAACAACGUCUCGCUAAACAAAGAAUUCAAAAUAAGUUUAAAACGUCGUGCGUUAUGAGAACAAGAUCUUGUACAGAAAGAGCAAUUUUAAAACCUGGAAACAAAUUGACACCUAGGAAAUUUCUUCCGAGAAUUGAGACUAAGAGACUUGGUUUACGAAGUAGCGUACUUACAGAUAAGGUGAAAAAGACCUCUCCGAAAGCAAAACCUGUUCCACCUAAACCAAAGAAAAAAGUUCUUGUGAAACAAAAGAACAGUGAUACGUCAAAUUCGGAGUCAACGUCCGAAGAAGAGGAGGAGCCGUCGGAAAAGUCUGUACAGCAAGUAAAACGUGCAACGCAAAAGAGUGUUCAGAAGAAGAUAUGUACAAGAAGCAAAUCUGAAAUGAGAAGAAUCACUCGUUCCCAUAGCGGAACAGUUUCUCCAAAAAAUCUUUGCAGAAGACCAACCAGAAAGACAAAAGAAGCAGCUGCGGUAUACAUGGAAAUUCUUGGAAGAAAACUUGUUAGCCCUGACUUAGAAAAUGAUGAUAAUCUUUCUAUGGACAGUUUCCCAGAAUUACCGAACGCGCGUAAAAUUGCACAGACAGAGAGUGAAAUUAAAGCCAAAGUAAAGCAAUCUAUUACGAAAACAAUUACAAAGAAUAAAGAUGGUAAAAUUACCUCUAUUCAGAGUACGUCUAAUAAACGUUCGGAGAAAACUAAAACUAGUAAAAUUACCUUCAAAAGUAAAAGACUCAUAAGGGUUCAAAAAUAUUGUGAGAUAGAUAGCGAUGAAGAAUCGGAAAGCUCUAAUGGAACUAAUAAUACAAGGCCUGUUACGAGACGAAGUUUAGGAAAAUUAAAUAAACCUGCGAGUAGAUUUCUUAGAUCCUCUUCUAAACCUGUGGUCUCGCGAAUGGAGAUUCAAAAUACUGUAAAUAUUAAAUCGAAAUCUCAGGUUCAAAGUAACAUGAGGUUUAAUAAAGAGAAAUUUGUAAUGAAACGUAAACGAGAACAAAGUUUUAAUAAAUCGUUACCUGAGAAGGGCACAACUUCGAAACAGAAAGAAACGAAAACUACUGUGAUUGAAAAUACAGAUUCCGAUGAGGAAACAUUAGGGAUGUUGCUUAAUAAAUUGAAAAGGAAAAAAGCUAUUCACGAACAAAAUCAACAGAUUGCCGCUAAUGAAAACAAUGACAAUCAUGCUAAUACUAAUACUAAUGUGGAGAAAGUUGAACAGCCUGUGGAUAAACAUUCCACGAAGGUGGAUGUUUUGAAAGUAUCGGACGACGAAGAAUCUUUUCGGGGGUUUACAAGAAAAGCAAUAUCUAAAGUAUUAAAUUCAUGUCAAACGCAUGUUAAUGCUAAUCUUCUUGCCACAGAAAAAACUACAAGUGUAUUGGAAGCAUCUAAGGCGGAAGAAGAAGUGGAAAAUUCAAAUACAUCUAAGGAGCAGGAAGAUAAGAAUAAAUCAUUACUGGAACAAACUUCUCUUCCUACGAUGAAUGUGCCAAAUGACGAAUGUAUUCAAUCUGAAAAGAUUCAGAAGACAAAAUCAGAGUUGCCGGAUGAAACAGAAUCUCAAACAACGUUGUUAGCCACUACCGAAAAAGAAUGUUACCAUAAAACAGAAAUUUCUUCUACAAACGUUCUAGAUAUGUCUUUGUCAACGUUACAUGUGAGAAAAGAGAAGGUGAACAUGUCGAACGAACAAAUUGAAAAAUGGUUGAAUGAAAGUUCCUUCGCCAAAGAGGAAAGUAAGUUGGAAAUGGAAAAUGUGUCUACGUUUAAGUACGACGUUUGCGAGAAAAAGUCUGAUGUCUCGCAUUUAUCUAUCUCGACGAAAAUUCAACAUUUGGUAAGACCAGUUAACGUCACACUUUCUAAAUUAGCAGAAAAAGCAAAUAUAAAAGAUCGUAUGUGCAUUCAGAGUAAAUAUGUACCCAUUGCAGCGGUGGAUAUACAAUCUGUUGAUAUGAAACAACAAAACGAACCUAUUAAUGUCAACAAGAUUAAUACAGACGGAAAAGAAAUGAUCAAAGGACGAAAUAUAAAACUGAGCAAAGAUCCGUGUCUUGGAGAAGAUAAUGAUACACCAUUGAAAUCAGAACAAAAUUCAAUGGAUGGGUCUACGGAGAAGAAACUGCAAACAGAAAAGAAAUCUAUAUUUCAACCUAGAAAACCAUUUUUACCUAAAGUAAAAGAGCGUAAAACAGUAACUCCCAAUGCAAACGCAUUUUCUCCGGAAAAUGAGAGCAGCGUUUAUGCGUUUGAAAGCGAUACCGAAGUCCCGGUUAAUACUCCGUUUAGGCGCAAAGUUCGCGAUUCCAAUAAAUCAAACGUGACUAUUACUUCAUCCGAGAGUGAUACAAAUAAAAGCAUAGAAAAAAUAAUCAAAGAAAGCUGCGAAAUGGCAGAGCCUAAGGAAAAGCCCAACAAUGUUCUUUCAAGAAAUGACAAUAAAAUAGAAUCGAAAAAUACGUCGAAUUCAAUGCUGAACGUUAACAAGUUUGAAUUACCCAAAAACUUUGCAACGUUGGCUAAUAUACAAGUUUUACCAUUAGACAAGUUAACGACAACUUGGAGUAAUGUAAAUUGUAGUGCUUCGAUAGCCGUUCAAGUAAAUCUCGAUGAGAGUGCGCAGACCCAAGAACAAGCGCGGGAGAAAGAUACAAAUCAACAGAAAUGUACGGAAAUAUCUACCCAAACGGAGAACAAUAAUGAAAAUGACGAUGAAAACGAUGGUCAACUAUUUUAUAUACCUUUGCAAGCUGUUACAAGAAACGGGCCGAAUUUAGUUCAAGGGCAACAAUUGAUCCAAGGGGUAGCUGUUAAACUCGGUACCGAAGGACCAAACGGACCUAAUCAAAAAGUUCUUUUGAGGGCUAAAUUAGUUACCAAACCUCCGUCGUCGAUUGCACGUUGCCCUCCCGUGGGCACAGUGCAACCUACGACUCGUACACCACCAAACUCUGCUUUCGCAACAGAUAAUCCAGUACCAUCUACCUCUACGAAUACAACUUCGGUUAUGACCAUGUCCAACGCUGAAGUUCAACCAACUUCUCCAUGCAAAACCGAGAGUAUAAUAUCAACAGUAAGCAGACAAAAUAUUGGGAUCAUGGGGACAGAGAAACUAACAAAAUCACCAAAAACCUCCAGGGAAAGAAAAACUUCUAUCGACUCGAAUAAAAAUGGGAAACGAUGUCAAAUCAAAUCUAAACAGAAGGGUAUGGAAAUUUGUUCCCCGACUAAUAACGUCACAUUUCCAAGCGCGAAACACGAAAACAAUGAAUCACGUUUGGUCGAGGCUCCAACGUUUCACCCCAGUGAGAAAGAUUUUCAAGAUCCGCUGGAAUAUAUAGACAAAAUAAGACCAAUUGCGGAGAAAUUUGGAAUAUGCAGAGUCGUACCGCCACCGAAUUUUAAACCGGAAUGCAAAGUGUCGGAUGAUAUGCGAUUUACCGCGUAUAAUCAGUAUGUGCAUCGUAUGCUUCAUAGAUGGGGUCCUAACGUAAAGGAAAUGAUGGCUAUAAAGAAAUAUUUAGCUACCCAAAGCAUAACGUUGACUCAUCCGCCUUGGAUCGGUGGUAUGGAAGUUGAUUUACCACAUCUAUAUCAAACAGUUCAAAGUUUAGGCGGGCUGAAAGAAGUUAUCGAAAAGAAAAAAUGGCAGAAAGUAGCAGACGGUAUGAAGAUACCAAAAUCUGCCCAAGACCGUGUAACCAAAUUAGACGACAUUUAUUGUAAAUACUUACUACCGUACGAUACAUUAUCUCCAGAGGAAAGAGGUAAACUGUUCGAUGAAGUUGAGUCCGAGUGGAUGAAAAGAGAAAGCAGAGCUUUGCAAAGGCAAAAUGCACCGGUGAAUGAUAACGAAGAAGAUGAAGAAGAAGAUAGCUCUGAUGAAAUCGAAGAAUGCAUCGUUAAAGGUAGAAAUAUGCCAUUAAAUGCUUUUUACCGUAUCGCGCGAAACACGCAACGUAUGUGGUUUGGAGAGAAUCAGCGUUCUGGGAACGAAGCUGAAGGUGCUUCUGCCGAUGAGGUUGAAAGUGCAUUUUGGAAGCACGUUGCAGAAAGGAAGCGACACGUCUGUGUGCAUGCUGCAAGCAUCGAUUCCAGUGGUCGUGGUUUUGGAUUCUCCGUUGCCAAGAAUAGCCCAUUCGCUAGACAUCCAUGGAAUCUUAAAGUACUUACUAAUAAUGCUGGUUCAGUGCUGAGAGCCUUGGGUCCGUUAAUGGGUGUGACAGUACCAACGCUUCAUGUGGGUAUGUUGUUCAGCGCAUGUUGUUGGUACCGUGAUCCCCAUGGUCUUCCAUGGAUAGAGUAUUUGCAUACAGGUGCUAAAAAGAUUUGGUACGGCAUACCAGACGAACAUAACAAUAACUUUAGAGAAGCACUUUCGAAAAUGGUACCGCGAUAUUGUAAAAAUAAGACUAUAUGGUUACCUUCGGAUACUGCGAUGGUCCCUCCAGAAUUGUUGGUUAGUAACGGAGUAUCAUUGUGUCAGACCGUGCAAGAACCAGGCCAAUUUAUAAUCGUAUUUCCUAAAGCAUUUACGUCAAGUAUAUGUACUGGCUAUGUAGUAUCUGAAAGUGUUUAUUUCGCACAACCAUCCUGGUUAGAAACUGCUGAACAAGUGUUUAAAGACAUACAAGACAGCUGUGAGCCAUCGAUCUUUUCGUUCGAAAGAUUGUUAUUCAAUAUUAUCAAUGAUUCUAGAUCUCACAUAGAAGUAAUGAAACAGAUUUUACCAAGCGUGAUUAAAAUUCGCGAGAAGGAAAUAAAUUACCGGAAACAGUUAGAAUCUGUGGGACUCACGAACACUGAAAGAUUACCGUUGCCAGAUAGCAGUAAACGAAAGAAAGGGAAAAAAGUAAAAGAAGAUGACGGCGAUUUUGAAUGCGAAACUUGUCGAGCUAACUUAUUCGUUUCCUUGAUUAGUAAUUCACAAGAUGAUAGUGUUUACUGUUUACCACAUGCAAUACAAUUACUUAAUAGAAAGAAACAAGCUUUAAAACAUUGUACUUUGAUGUACACCUACAAUGAGGAUGAAUUGGAUGAUUUGAUUCACAAACUGGAAGAAAGAAUUGAAGCCAAAUCUAAAAAGACUAAUCAAAUCAAACAAGCUAAGUAGCGAGUUUAAAAACCUAUUUAUUAAAUUAUAUAGA